AUGCGUCGUUGCCGGCAUAGGGCUGUGCUUCUUCUCGUACAGGAAGCAUCUGACGGUCGUUUCGGCGGUGAGCGGGUUGCUGUUUCGGCCUAUUCUGCGUCAACGAGAUCCUGCCCGCAGUUCGACGAUGACGGAAUCCUGUGCUUCAUGGCCGGGAUCUGGAUCUCCGCCAUAGGCGCCCUCGUGGGCAGCACCGUGGCCGUGCUCGUCGCGAGGGCUUCGGUAGGGACGUGCCUCGGCUGCCUCGCGGGCGUGUUCCUGGUGCUGGUGGACGACGGUUCGUUGCUUCGGUCUCAGGUGGCGGUGUCCCUGCUGUUCGGCGCGCUCAUCGCCGUCGGAGUCGCGUUCUCCUGGCACCAGGAGAAAGCUAGCGCGAUCGUCAUGACCUCAGCGGCCGGGGGUCUCGUGAUAGCUUGCGGCACGGACCUGGUUCUCGAGAGGAGCUUGAUUUUCGGCGUCAUGAACAUCCUGCAGAUGACGUGGUCGGAAGGGAAGCACUGCUGGGGGGAGUGCCACAUGCCGUUUCUGAUCCUCGAGUGGGCCGUGCUCACGGUCUUGGGCGUCGCUGUCCAGGGCCACGCCUCGGGCGCCAUCUCGCCGGUGGCGUUCCUCCAGCGCUGGUGCGGCCUUUGCGGCGGCGUGAACCCUUACACGAGCGUCGCUGGCGAGGACGGCGGUGCCGCCGCCGCCGCCGCGCCGGGAGGCCGGGGUAGGGCGGGCGCGGCGGCUAGGGCGAAGAGGACCACCUGGACGUACCCGGACAACCAGAACUCGUGGAACUACUUCGACACGGAUGCGCUUCCGCACGGGCUUAGGAUCAACGCGGAGUCGGCUCUGUCCUGCGCCGACGAGCUGGCGAACUCGUUCGGGUUCCAGGACGACAACGUCAGGAACCAGGUCGAGCACCUCAUGACUGGGACGUUGCUGCCCCCCAAGAACGCCAUCCACAGCCUCCCCGCCAAGCUGUUCCGCAACUACCGGGACUGGUGCGAGUCGAUGAGGAUCGCCCCUUGCUUCAUGCCGCACCCUCCCCCCAACGACGGCUACGGGGGCGGUCACGGGGACAGCGGCAGGGACAAGCUAGAGGAGGACGCUUUGAUGAUGGACCUGAUGCUGUGGCUGUGCAUGUGGGGCGAGGCGGGCAACCUGCGGCACAUGCCGGAGUGCCUCUGCUUCCUGUUCCACAAGAUGAUGCAGCACAACAUGGCGAUGAAGCAAGGCGGGGGGGACACGCCUAACCUGUACGGCGGCUACUUCCUCGACCACGUCGUGACCCCCAUCUACGAGGUGAUCACCCGCAAGAAGAAACGCGGCGGCGGGACGGACCACCAGUACAAGCUCAACUACGACGACUUCAACGAGUUCUUCUGGACGCCGACCUGCCUCAUCUUCUCGUACCGCAGCGACGACGUCGCGGGGACGGCGGAGGAGGCGGAGGAGGAGGAAGGUGCCGCGACCGGCGGCGGCUUCCGCGGGGCCGGCGGGUCGGGGGGCUCCGCGGUGCUCCCGGUCGCUGUCGGCAUGGAGGCCGCGCCCAAGACGUUCGUGGAGAAGAGGAGCAUGCUGUCGACGGUGCUGUGCUUCCACCGCGUGCUGGAGUUCCACAUCCUGACGUUCCAGAUGUGCACCGUCGUGGCGUUCGCGACCAUGAUGGUGUGGGACAAGCCGUACUUCCUGCAGAUGGCGUCGAGCGUGUUCUGGUCGGCGAACUUCCUCGGCAUCGUGUGGACGAUCCUCGAGGUGUGGCAGGCGUUUCCGGGCAUCCAGAUGACGGGAACGGCCAAGGGAGGGUUCCUCGUGCGGCUGAGCCUCCGCUUCCUGGUGCUCGUGUACCAGAGCCUGUACUUCAUGUGGUCGACGCAGCGGAUCCCGGUGGAGGAUCGGACGGGGAUGCAGGCCCAGGGCGGGUAUGUGUUCUGGUGGUGGCAGUACCUGUGGCUGUCCUUCCUGGCCAUGGUGCCGUACGCGCUCGAGUCCUUCCAGCAGGUGUUCCCGCCGAUCGCGACGUGGCUGUGCAACUGCGACAGCGACUACCUGCAGGCGCUGCUCAACAUCUGCUACCCCCUGAGCCGCGUGUACGUGGGCAAGCGGGUGGACGAGCCGGUGGGCAAGGCGUUCAAGUACAUUUUCUUCUGGGGCACCCUCCUCGCGUGGAAGAUCUACUUCUCUUACAAGUACGAGGUGCUAAUCCUCGUCCUCCCCUCCGUCGAGCUGUACGACGACUAUGUGAACUACCCCAAGACCUCCUACUGGGGCAUGUUCUUCCUCAUCCUGCUCCGCUGGGUGCCCCAGAUGUUCAUCUACCUCAUCGACACCUCCAUCUGGUUCGCCUGCUGGACCGCCAUGACCGGGAGCAUCGUGGGUUUCCAGGAACGCCUUGGGGAGGUGCGCGACUUCCCCUCCAUCCGCAAGAUGUUCAUGCAGAUCCCCGCCGAGUUCUGCUCCAAGGUCAUCUGCGCCGGCGUCUCGUCCCGCGACCCCUCCACGCUCGACUUCUCCGCCUCCAGCGGCGGCGGCGGUAGCAUGGCCGGAGGAGACGGGGCCGGCAUGGCCGAGGCGGGGGCGGCGGGGAGGGCGGGUCUCACCGGGGAACCGCUUCUGACGGAGGCUAGCCGACUGCUUGCGGCGGGCGUGGCGGGCGCCAAGCCCGUGUACGGUUUCGGAAGACAGCAACGGCCGCGAAUCGGCUGGUCCAGUGAGAUGAAGGUGUACCUGCCAAUCUUCCAGACAGCGGGAAGCGUGGAGCUGGCGCUGAGCAUGUUCGAAGAGCACGUGGCGCUGUACGAGUCGGAGGAGGACCCCGCGAGACGGAUGCAGCACGAGUCGGCCCUUCGCCGCGCCAUCUCGACGGACGUGACCGUUACGGAGGCCCUGAGCGAGGUGUGGGAGCUGGGCAUCUGGCUCGUGCGGCAGCUGCUGGGGCCUCAGCACGAGAACGACAUGGCACGGACGGUGCAGGUGUUCAACCAGUUCAUCAACGGCGGUGAGGCCAUGCACCACCUCAAGCUCAAGAACCUCAAGUCCAUCGUGGCGGACACGACUGCCAUCGUGUCCUCGCUCCACCACGCCCUGCCGAAGCGGAAGACGGCGCCUGUGCCCAAGGACGGCGGGGAAAAUGCGAGACCCGGCGCGGGGUCCGGCUUCGGCCAGAACAUGCUCAAAGGCUCCGACGAGAGGGGCACGGAGAUCUCGGUAAAGCUGUCCUCCAUGGCCAACCAGAGCACGGGGUUCAUGUGGGACGACGCUUACGCCAGCCAGCGGCUCGACCGCAUGGCGCAGGACAAGACCACCCUCUCCAUCCUCGAGAAGCUGCACGGGCUCCUGGGUAUCGACCGCAACGACGCGGAGCCGCACUCGGUGGAGGCGCGGCGACGCCUGGCCUUCUUCGCGAACUCCCUGUUCAUGGACAUGCCCAGGGCCCCCCCGGUGCAGGACAUGAUGAGCUGGUCGUGCAUGACUCCCUUCUACUCGGAGGACGUGGUGUACAGCCGCGGAGACCUGGACCAGAAGAACGAGGACGGGCUGACCACGCUCAUGUACCUUCAGGCGCUGUACAAGCACGACUGGCGCAACUUCAUGGAGCGCAAGGGCAUCACCAGCGAGCAGCAGGCGAUGAGCAAGAAGCACAUCGAGGCCACGAGACUGUGGGCCUCCUUCCGCGCCCAGACACUCGCACGGACCGUGGAGGGCAUCAUGUACUACGAGGCCGCGCUGCGCCUGCUCGCCCGCCUAGAGAGGAUCAAGGAAGAACAGCUCGAGGAGCUGGUGGUGCAGAAGUUCCAGUACGUGGUGGCCUGUCAGGUAUACGGUCGCAUGAAGAAAAACCAGGACCCUAAGGCGGACGACAUCCAGAUCCUCCUCAAGCGCUUCCCGAACCUUCGCGUUGCCUACAUCGACGAGGUUCGCGUGUCCCGGGACUCUACGUCCUCUGCCCAAGAGUACUUCUCCGUGCUCAUCAAGGCGCACGACCAGAGGGGGCAAGGAGACGCGGACGGCAGCACGAGGGGCGGCGGCGGCGGCGGUGUUGGCGGGAGGGACGACGGCAUCCAGGAGGUGUACCGCGUGAAGCUUCCGGGCAACCCGGUGGUCGGGGAGGGCAAGCCGGAGAACCAGAACCACGCCAUGAUCUUCACGAGGGGGGAGCACCUGCAGGCCAUCGACAUGAACCAGGAAGGGUUGCGUUAG